CAUGAAAUGAUAACGUGUCAGAAUAUAGCCAUUCUACUUAAUAGUUUUGUGCAUGGCAAAGAGUUUUUGGCCUCUCGAUUGGUCUCUUGUUGUGAAUAAGAACAUUAAUAUGUAUCUUUUAAAUUCUUUUGAAGCUUUGAAAUAUUGUACCUGUUUAACAUCUGAAACAUCAUAGUAAAUGUGUGUUCUUUCCAAUUUUGCCCGUACCUGGGGACUUUUCAUACAUGCAGGAGAGAAAAUAUCUAAAUACCCCAAUAAAUGAGUGGAAGAAACUUAGUCUUUACUUUGUAGCUAGUGACAAAAGCAGAUGCCUAUAAAUAGCAUAGGAAUAUUUAUCACACACAUAUAUAUAUGUAUAUAGUUUAUGAGCAAAUGAAUUAUAAUCCAUAUUUCCAUUUCUCACUUACACCCAGAAAAAUUUCAGUCUCAUCCUGGAUUUUAUGCAUAUUUUCUAAGGACUCUUCAAAUAUUUUUCCCUGUCUUCUUUACCAUGGAUGUGAUAUUGGGUCAAGUAUCCUGAACCAAGAAGAGCAGUAUCAAGAGGCUGUGCUCAAGGAAAGCAUUGAAAAAGCAGAAGCUAAAGUGUGGGAGCAGGCUAAAGAACUCCAGCAACAAGCAGUGGAGAAGGCACUCCUGGACGCACACGCCAGACACAAGUUUGAAAUGCAGAUACUGGAAGAACAACACCAAAGAGACUUAAAGGCUGUAGAAGCAAAAACCAAGAAGGAGAUGAUUCAAAACAUGGAUGAGGAGCUGAAGAGAGAGCACUCCGCCGCAGAACAACGCAUGGUCCAUAGGAUCCAGAGGAUUAUGAUGGAGUGCCACAGAGAGAAGUUAGAGGCAGUGAAGAAAGCCAGGGAAGAAGAAAGAGAGAUUGCCCAGAAAGCUGUCCAGGAGCAGAAAAGCAAGACCAGGGAGGAACUUGUGAAUACUGGCUUGACAGCCACUAAAGAUCAGAAGACAAGCUUGGGCCAGUUGAUAAGAGCAAAGGAGCAAGAAAUGAAUGCAUACUAUGGCCUGGCUCAGAGACAGAAGCAAGAAGAAGUGCAGGAAGUGCUCCAAGAAGCAGAAAAAACCCACCAGGCCACGCUGGACAACGUGAUGGGUAAACUGGUGAACACCCAGGGGGAGCUGAUAUCUGUGGCAAAGGAACUGGGAAUCAUGACAAACUGGAAAGAUUUCCUGGAGGAGGAAUUACAGGAAACCAGGGCAGCAUUUCAGAAGUACAUCAAUUACACCUUCCCCAAGCUCUCCCCAGGACACGCCGACUUUAUCCUGCCGGAAAGAAAGAAAACCCCUUCCUGUCUUACUAAGGACAAAGAAAAGAAAGUUCAGUAGAUAUCAGCUGUCUCCACGGAGACAGCUUCCCACAGCUGAA